AUGGAUGCUUCUCAAGAUAAGUGUUCAGGAGUAAUAGCCUCUCAUUCAUAUCUCUGGGGGAGGAGUUUUGCAAAGGAUCCAAAGGUGUUCAAGAUCACAGUGGGAACUCUAAACAUGGGAACGAUGACAGGAAAGGGAAGAGAGAUAGUAGACAUGAUGCAGAGGAGGAAGAUAAAGGCUUUGUGUGUGCAAGAGACAAGGUGGAAGAGCAAUAAGGCAAAGAUCUUAGCUGAUGGCUAUAAGCUACUUUAUAAUAGUGCAAGCCUGGAAUCAAGAAAUGGAGUUGCUGGUAUUUUGCACAGAGAGCUUCAAGAAGAGGUAUGUGAAGUCAGCAGAGUAAAUGAUAGGAUCAUAUACGUUAAGAUGAUGUUUGGUGGAGAAAUGGUAACAGUGCGGAUGGCCUAUGCACCCCAAGUGGGAUGUUCGGAGGACGAGAAGGAAAAAUUUUGGAGUGAUUUGGAUGGAGUAAUGGUCAUAAUACCAGAGAAUGAAAUAGUGUAG